CACACAUCCACGCGCGCGCGGGUGCGCGCGGGCCAUGUCCGCCUUGUGCCUGGGCUUGGCCGGUCCCGCUUCAGCACCCGCCGAGCCGGACAGCGCCUGCUGCAUGGAGCUGCCCGUCGCGGCCGGCGACGCAGCCCGCAGCACCGCCGCCACCACCGCCGCCGCCACUACCGCCGCCCUCGUCUCCUUCCCCGGGGGUCCCGGGGACCUGGAAGUGGCGCUAGAGGAGGAGCUGGCGCUGCUGGCGGCCGGGGAGCAUCCUCAGGCCGAGCUCGAGCCUCCGGCCGAGGAAGGGACCGCACCGCAGCCACCUUGCGCCCAGGACCCCGAGCUGCUCUCGGUGAUCCGGCAGAAGGAGAAGGAUCUGGUGUUGGCGGCCCGGCUGGGCAAGGCACUGCUCGAGAGGAACCAGGACAUGAGCCGGCAGUACGAGCAGAUGCACAAGGAGCUGACGGACAAGCUCGAGCACUUAGAACAAGAGAAGCAUGAACUGAGAAGACGAUUUGAGAACCGGGAAGGAGAAUGGGAAGGGCGAGUGUCUGAACUGGAGAGUGACGUGAAACAGCUGCAGGAUGAGUUGGAGAGGCAGCAGGUUCACCUGCGGGAAGCAGAUCGAGAGAAAACCCGGGCCGUCCAGGAACUGUCGGAACAGAACCAAAGACUGUUGGAUCAGCUCAGCAGGGCGUCAGAAGUUGAGAGGCAACUCUCCAUGCAGGUCCACGCCCUCAGAGAAGACUUCCGGGAGAAAAACUCGUCCACUAACCAGCACAUCAUCCGGCUCGAGAGCCUGCAGGCCGAGAUCAAGAUGCUGUCCGAUCGGAAACGGGAGCUGGAGCAUCGUCUCAGCACCACCCUAGAGGAAAAUGACCUCCUGCAAGGAACCGUGGAGGAACUGCAGGACCGGGUGCUGAUCCUGGAGCGGCAAGGCCAUGACAAAGACCUCCAGCUGCACCAGAGCCAGCUGGAGCUCCAGGAGGUGCGGCUGUCCUACCGGCAGCUGCAGGUGAAGGUGGAGGAGCUCAGCGAGGAGCGGAGCUUGCAGAGCUCUGCCGCCACCAGCACAUCCCUGCUGUCGGAGAUCGAGCAGAGCAUGGAGGCCGAGGAGCUGGAGCAGGAGCGAGAGCAGCUGAGACUGCAGCUCUGGGAAGCCUACUGCCAGGUCCGCUAUCUCUGCUCCCACCUUCGGGGAAACGACAGUGCCGACUCGGCCGUGUCCACAGACUCCUCGAUGGAUGAGUCCUCAGAAACCUCAUCCGCCAAAGAUGUGCCAGCUGGCAGCUUGCGCACUGCCCUCAACGAGCUCAAGAGACUAAUCCAGAGCAUCGUGGAUGGCCUGGAGCCCACGAGUUCCCGGAGAAUUGAUGAUGACUCCCUAGAAGAACAGAUAAGGCAGACCAGUGAGGACUCACGAGCCCUAAGGGAACUCAUGGAGGGAGAGAGGGGUAAACUGAGGCAAAGCCUAGAAGAGCUGGAACAACUCCACAGCCAGGUGACACUGCUGAGCGUGGAGAUGAGCACCCUGAAGGAGGAGAGGGACCGGCUCCGAGUGACGUCUGAGGACAAGGAGCCCAAGGAACAGCUCCAGAAGGCCAUCAGGGACCGGGAUGAGGCCAUUGCCAAGAAGAACGCUGUGGAGCUGGAACUGGCCAAGUGCAAGAUGGACAUGAUGUCUCUCAACAGCCAGCUGCUGGAUGCCAUUCAGCAAAAACUGAACCUGUCUCAGCAGCUGGAGGCCUGGCAGGAUGACAUGCACAGGGUCAUUGACCGGCAGCUGAUGGACACGCAACUGAGGGAGCAGAGCCGGCCUGCCGACACCUUCUCCAGGGGCCCCAUCGCAGGACGGGGGGACGAGCCCGGCCCUACAGAAGGCAAGCGGCUCUUCUCGUUCUUCAGGAAAAUCUGAGUUGGGAAGUCGGGCUGCCCCCUCUGCUCCCCCAGGACCAGUAGACUGGCCGUGGCUGAGCUGGUGGCACAGCCAGGG